AUGGAUGUUCACUUUGUUGAAAAUCAACCUUUUUUUAAAAUUCUCUUCAGGGGGAGGAGUCAAUGUAAUAAUAAAGAAGAUAAUUUUUGGGAAACUUUGCCUGCUCUAGAUGAUAUUGUGACUACAAAUCACCCAAGUGCUAAGAUAAUAGAAUCUGAAACAGGGGAAGAAACACUGAUUAAGGAUGAUAAUUCUAAACUUAAAGUGUAUGUUCGAAAAAAAUUCUACAAAGGUGGUGCAAACCCUAUUGUCUCUCUAGUAGAAAUCCAAUCUGAUUUACCAAGUGAAGGUCCUACAGAUAAUCUGCCUUCUAGUUCUUUAUCUGGUAAUCCUUCUUACUCGUCCAAUGAUUUAUCUGAUUUGUCUUUUCUUGAUAUUAAUCUUCCCAUUUCUGUGAGAAAAAAUAUUCCUGACCUCAAUAUCCCAAUUGCUGAGAGGAAAGCUUGA